GUGACAAAAACAAAGCGCAUUUCACAGUAUUUGUGGUGUUUUUGUGCAAGAUUUAAGUGUUUUAUUGUGCAAAAUUAAACAAAAUGUAUAAGCAAAUAGUGCUGUGAGUGCAAACAAUUGAACAGUGUAUGAAAUUUUGCGGAACCGACGCAAGAAGUUAAGAAACGCCGACCGCAUAACCUUUACGUGUCGCAGUUGCGAAUGGAGUGUAAAGGCAAAGCAAAGAGAAUGAAAGAAGAGGCGCCAAGCAAAAAAUUGCCGCCUAAAUUAUAUGGCGGUGAUUAUGCGGCCAAUGCAAGCACCCCCACCAAAGCGGCCCACGAUGAGAUACUGAGCUCCUUGUUGCGCAUCAACAAUUUCGAUUCCAUAUCGAGCAUCAAAGACGAAUCCCUCGACAUCGAUCUGUCCGCCUGCGUCACAAUCAGCUCGGCCAGCUUCAUCAAUGGCAACAGCCUGUCGUCUACGGAUUUUUGGCGCGUUCUCGACGAGAGUGCACAAAACAAUACGGAAUUAAAUCUAUCCUCAGAUGUGUGCCGCGAGGAAUUGAGUGCGCCCAGUCCCAGUCCCACACCCAGUGCGAAUCUAUCGAAUGGAAGCGCCAAUGACAAUCAUAAUUCCGAGUUCAAUGUUACGUUCCUGCGGCCGGAGCCGCCAAAUGCGUUCACGAACUCACCAUUUAAAAAGAUCACAACAACAGCAACGACUACGGCGACGGCGGCGACGACGCCAGUGAAGCUCCAAUCACCGGAGCAAUUGCCAAUGGUGCAGCAGAUGGUUUCGCAACGUAAGCCACGUUUACCCGCUGCGACAGCGGUACGGUUAAGGGUCUUCAAGGAGGAGCUCUUCGAUGAGAAGGAGAUGUCCCCCAAAGCUGAGCUGUUGACCAAAGUGGAGCAUUCGGAGUCGGAUCAUUUGCCGCCAGCGUUUACCAUAUUCCAGCAACCACAGCAGCAACAACAACAGCAGCAGCCGCCAGUGAAUAAUAUGCCGCCACCGGCUGUGCCGUUGGAUUUCAAUGGUAAACUAGAGUUGGAAACGCCGCCGCCACCUCUCUACAAGUGCCUGGACUGCAACGGCCUGAUUCUUGACAAUCAGCAGUUGGUGAGUAGCCACAAGGCGGCAGCGCAUCGAUUGCGCAUCACCUACAACUGCACUGAAUGCCAGCGCGAAUUUGAGCUCUUGGCGGGGCUCAAGAAACACCUGAAGACGCAUCGCAGCGAGGGACGCAAGGAUACGUGGAAAAAGUGCCCAGACUGUGGCAAGUGUUUAAAGUUGGGCAGCAUGUGGAUGCACCGGAAGAUCCACAGCGAUAAUAAGAAAUAUCAGUGCGAUAUUUGUGGCCAGAAGUUUGUGCAGAAAAUCAAUUUGACGCAUCACGCACGCAUCCAUUCUUCGGAGAAGCCGUACGAGUGCCCCGAAUGCCAGAAACGAUUCCAGGAGCGCUCCCAUCUGCAGCGCCAUCAAAAGUAUCAUGCACAGACGCGCUCCUAUCGCUGUGAGAAAUGUGGCAAAAUGUACAAAACGGAACGUUGCCUCAAGGUACACAAUUUGGUGCAUCUGGAGCAGCGUCCCUUCGCGUGCAAUGUGUGCGACAAGAGUUUCAUUAGCAACUCCAAGUUGAAGCAGCAUUCGAAUAUUCAUACGGGCAUGCGACCGUUUAAAUGCAACUAUUGUCCGCGCGACUUUACCAACUUUCCCAAUUGGCUGAAGCAUACACGACGCCGUCACAAGGUCGAUCACAAGACUGGCGAGCAUCUCGAGAACAUUCCCUCCUACUGCUCCAAGAAAUCAACGACAACGAAGGCACAGAAAGCAGCUGCCGCGGCUGCUGCUGCUGCGGCGGCGGCAACGGCGACAACAGCCGGAUCUCCAGUAUCAGAGGUGCUGCCACUCAGCACAGCUGAUGGAGAGGCAAAGUCCACAUCCUCCUCAACGCCGCAGACAGCCAAAGCGCCGUCAGCUGCAGCGGCAGCUCCACCAGUUAAGCAGGCACGCAAAAAAAAGCAACCACAACAAGCAACUCUUGCCGCCUUGGGCAUCACUUUGCCAGCGGGAACGGCACUGCAGCAGGUGCAUCCGCCGCAGCCGCUACCACAGUCCACAAGCAAACAGUCAAAUGUUACUCCGCUACUGGCACCACCACCACAAGCAACAGCAGCAGCAACCACCGCUCCAGCCAAGCAGAUGAAAGCGAAACGAGAACGCAAACAGUUGGCGCCCAAACAGCUGCAACAGAAACCAUCUGCGCCAGUGGGCAGCACUCCUCACACGGUACCCGUUGCAAUGCCGCAAAUUAAAAAGGAACCGUUGCAGACGCAGGGUCCAUUCCUGGACCUGCAUGGCCUUAGCCUCACAUCGGCCGAGGAGCUGAUCAUGGAGCAGGCUCUCGAGAUGGAGGAAUGCGGAUUGUAUGAUACACCCGUGGGCAACACUGAAAUGGGCACCUCAGACAAUGCAACUGCCUCAGAUGCAGCGACUGCCCUGCACUUUCAAAUCAAAAACGAAUUACCCGAUGAACUUCUACCUGACGACGAUUUCUUGCUCCACAAACCCAAUAGUGGCAAUCGCAUAGCCUGUCCAUCGCUGGAAUCAUCACCGUUCUCCUCGCCCGCAUCCAUGGAACUGGCUGCGGUAUCCACCACCGCCACCAUCAGCAGUAGCACCACCAAAUCCACAUCAGCUGUGAAUGUAAACUCGGGUCGCACCGCCAACUAUUAUUUGCCAGCAUUUACGCUAAAUGCGCAAGGCAAGUUGACCAGUUGCACGACCAGCACUGGCACUUGCACGGGAACAGGAGCGACCAAUGCAAUUGCCAAUGGACCGACAACAGUGUCUGUUGUGAAUAUGCCAAUGUUGGUACACUCGAAUCAGAUGUUGCCAUCCGUGGACACUCUGCUCUUUACCACCCAGACGGGCAAUCGAUUCUUCUCGGGCAAGGCAGCCUCAGGUGGCGCCUCAGUCUCAACGACGACCCAUUUGACAUGAUCGCACGACGGCUGAAUGCCGUCAUCAUAUAAUCUCAACGAUCUCCUGUGUCUUAAUUAAGCUAGGGUUUUGCUGCGACCACUUCCGCUUUGCCGAGAAUAUAUUUAUAUAUAUAUUCGUAUAUACAUAUAGGGCAAUGAUUCGGAUUACCUUCAGUGUAGUCCUUAAUAUUUUUUAGGAUAUGUAGUACGACGCUAUAUUUGUUUUACAUAAGUAGGCAAUAAGAUGAUUUCUACAUAGAGCUAAGUAUUAAUGUAAAUACAAUACACAUAUACACACACACACACACACAUACAUACAUACAUAUACACACACAACUUCAUGCGUGUACAUAUAUCAUUUAUAUAUGUAUAUGUAUUUUUAUGAUUUACCGCCAACACUACAAUUAUUAUUUCUACGCUUAACACCAAUUACAAUAAAAAAAAUUAAAUAAUAAAAUUCGAAAAGAUUUCAACAAAAAA